GAGCGAGGACGCACAACACUCACCACGCGGGGGAAAGGUGAUCGUAGCGAGGAAGAAAGGCAACUGCAUGGAGGUAGCGCAACUCGGGAAAGAAAGCGCGUGGGCAGAAAACAGCUGCACGGAGGUAGAAGAAGGACGCGUGAAGGUAGAAGAAGACCGAGCAGAGGAAGAAGAAAGCGCGAAGAAGAAGAAAAAGAAGAGGACGAGGAAGAAGGAGAGGCCGCGCAUAAGGGAAUUGGGAAUGAACACAAAGAUGAACGACCGCAUGCACGGUAAGAAAGGCGACUGCGAUGAGGAAGACGAGGAGAGCAUUGAGCUAAGACGACGACGAAACGCGAAUGCAUGCCUGGGCGAACGAAGUUGAUGAACAUACGGGAGGAUGGACUCAAUGAACGCUCGAGCGGAGAAGACAAGCGAAGGUGGUACCAAGAGGAGAAAUGCGCGGAGGAGAAGAGAAGGCUGCGCAGAGGUAAAGAGAACUGCGUGGAGAUAGAAGAUGACCGCGUGGAGGGCGAAGAAAGCGCGAAGAAGGAGGAGGAGGAGAAGAAGAAGAAGAAGAAGAAGAAGAAGAAGAAGAAGAAGGAGACGAAGAAGAAGAAGAAGAAGGAGAUGAAGAAAGAGACGAAGAAGGAGAAAAGCGAGACGAGAAGAGAAACGAGGAGAAGGGCGACUUACCUGUCAUCCACCUGACCUGUUGGAUGCGCGUGGUGCCAGUCAUGCCCCCGCGUGUCGAGGUUUCGGAAUGUUGCACUUUCACGAUGGAUCGUGAUGCGCUGCGGAGCGGU